AUGGCAAGCAUCCUCUCACCCUUCCUCGCAUCUCUCGCCGAUAAUAUCCGCGCGCGCCCCAUUCCCUGGCAGGGAUACCAGCGCGCAGGCCUCAUCACAGAUGAACAGGUCGAGCGCAUCAAGGCCAUUGACAAGCAGCCUCUUGCCAAAAAGCGUGAACUGCUCGAGAAGGAAUCUCGAGAGUAUGCACAGCUGCUCAUGAAGCUCGUGCGGGAAAUGAAGCGCGUGGAUAUCUUGCAGUAUACGCUCGUGCUGUUGUCAGACCUUGCACAGUCAUCAGAGGUGCUGAGUGAAGCGCUUGCACAAGAAGAUACAGCGGCGCUUGUUGCGCUACUAGAUCAUGAGGAUGAGCAGAUCCCGUUGCUUGCUGCACAGGCACUCAAUUGCAUCCCUACGCCCUUGUCUACGGAUGCACAAGCGCCCUUCUUUGCGUGGUUCAAGCAGCAAGCCGCCAAGCGUGAUCACCCAGACUUGCAAUCAGUCGGUGUGCAGGGACUAGCCAAUGUUUUGCGGACAAGUAAUGUACGUGCUGCCUUUUACAAGGACAAGGAGAAUGCGCAGCAGCUUGUUGCAUUGCUCACAAGCAAUGGCGGUAUUCAACUCACCUACAAUGUUCUGCUCGUCUUUUGGCUGCUUUCGUUUGACAAGGAGAUUGCUAGCAAGCUGCACGCCGACCUCGAGCUCAUCCCGAAAUUGGUGCAUGUCCUGCGACACAGUAUCAAGGAAAAGAUAUCAAGACUGGCUGUUGGCAUUCUUCGCAACAUGGCCGCCAAUAAAGCGGAUCGCCAUACCAUGAUUGCACUCGAUCUAUUGCCCCUCCUCAAAACACUACACAGUCGCGGGAGCGCUGAUCCCGAAAUUCAAGCAGACCUCGAUGCAUUGCUCACAUACCUCCAAGACUCACAGGCUGAAAUGACAUCGCUUGAUGCGUACAAGGCAGAACUCGCAUCAGGCCAACUCGCCUGGUCGCCCGUUCACCGCAGCGAGACCUUUUGGCGCGAUCAUGCACGCUUGUUGUUGCAGCAUGAAGGAGAUUUACUCAAGCAACUUGCACGGAUUCUAUCUACAGCAACGGACACCGUCUCGCAAGCCGUGGCAGCACACGAUGUCGGGUGUUUUGUCAAGGCGAACCCGGAAUCUCGCAAGUUGGUGGAACGGCUGGGUGCCAAGACGAAAGUGAUGGAGCUGAUGGCGAGCAAGGAUCCCGAGGUGCGGUUUGAGGCGCUCGGGACUGUGCAGAUUCUGCUCUCAAAGGCCUGGGAGAAGUGA